GUAUUUGUGCUCACUGUAAAUGUGUUAGUAAAUUAAAUGGCGAUUCUUGAGUAGAUACGUAUUUCACAAAUAACAAAAAUAUUACAAGCUUUCUUAUACCUAGUGUAGUUUAGUCGUACUAAAAAUAUAUCAGAAUGCGUUCAGUUGUGGAAAUCGGGGCAAGUGUCCCCGCUUUUUUGGGAAAAUUGUGGAAAUUAUUAAAUGAUACAGAAACGAAUCAUUUAAUAUCUUGGAGUCCCAGUGGAAAGACAUUUGUUAUAAAGAAUCAAGCUGAUUUUGCAAGGGAGCUGUUACCACUAUAUUAUAAACACAACAAUAUGGCUAGUUUCAUCAGGCAAUUGAAUAUGUAUGGGUUCCAUAAAAUAACCUCAGUAGAAAAUGGUGGUUUGAGGUAUGAAAAAGAUGAAAUUGAGUUUUCACAUCCCUGUUUUAUGAGAGGACAUGCAUAUCUAUUGGAACAUAUAAAAAGAAAAAUUGCCAAUCCCAAGUCUAUAGUGGCAAGCAGUGAAAGUGGUGAAAAAAUUCUUUUGAAGCCAGAAAUAAUGAACAAAGUGUUAGCUGAUGUGAAGCAAAUGAAAGGGAAACAGGAGAGUCUGGACGCUAAGUUCAGUGCGAUGAAGCAAGAAAAUGAGGCGCUAUGGAGGGAAGUAGCAAUACUACGUCAAAAGCAUAUUAAACAACAACAAAUUGUUAACAAUCUCAUACAAUUCCUGAUGUCGUUGGUCCAACCAUCAAGAGCUCCCAGUUCCACUGGUAACAAUGUUGGAGUAAAGAGGCCAUAUCAAUUGAUGAUUAAUAACGCGGCACAUAACUGCGGUGAUAGCUCAUACCCUGGUAGGCUUAAGAAUAUUAAAAUUGACAAGGACAUUGCAUUGGAAGAUUUAAGUGAAGAAAACUUGGAGGAUGGGCCCACUAUACAUGAAUUGGUACAUGACGACACAUUGCACAAUGAAGUAUCUCAGGAUUCAUUGGACGAUAACUUUGUGUCGGUUGAUUUAGCAAACAACCCACUUAUUGCCAACUCACACAAUAACUCUGAUCCAACAACAUCCUCUCGGUACCAUGUAACAAUGGAAGACGGUGAAGACCUAGAAACAGAUCGUUCAAGAUUAUCAUUGCCUAUAGUCAAUUCCAAUGGUUUAUGGAAACGUGAGACCCAGCCCAUAGUUUCGCCCCCAUCCCCUACAAUGGCAUCUGUGUCUCCAGUAGGUCAACAGUCAGCUGAGAAUGUUAAUGCCCACAUAACAAUAUCACCGGGCACAUCAAAGACGAAGGCUCGAAGCAACUGUAGAAGUAUUUUAGCGAACAAAAAUGUAAUGUCAACAAGCAACUUUAACUCUAUAAACCCAUCAGCGGAUUUUAAGCUACCAGCUGAGAUUUUCGCUAGCGACGACUCUGUAAGUGAUGUGGCGGCUACAGAGGAAGUUCUGCAGGAUCUGGUAUGUGAUCAGGUCAUCUCAGCCAAAGACAAGAUGUUAGGUGGUGUAAAUAUAAAAAUAGAGAAACCAUUGGACUGUAAGAGUGGGAAAAAGUCGAAAAAGUCGAAGGAUACCAACGACACCUGCUGCUUGAACCUAGCCGACAUCAAGACUGAAUUGCAGGACGACUUUGAUUGGAACAAUAUGACACUUGCCACCGUUAAUAACUCUAAUAUUAACAGGCAGCAGACAGUGUAUAGGAGAGAUAACUGCCAAAAUCGGGAAGAUAUAACUUCCCUGUUUGGAUCAAAUUCCAACAAGAACGAUAUCGACGAUCAUUUGGAUUCAAUGCAAACGGAUUUGGAUUCGUUGAAGGAGUUGUUGAGAGGUGAUACUUACGCGUUGGACACAAAUACAUUAUUAGGGCUUUUCGGAUCAGAUGAUCCUUUCUAUGGACUCUCUUACAAUCCGUCGAAUGAUCGCGCUAAGACCUGCAGUGGCGAUACAACCAAACAGUAUCCGAUGAUUGAUUUUGAUUGGCUGAUCGGUAGCAGCGAUGCGUCCCAAGCAAAGUAACUACAACAAUGUAUGGAAUAAUGAAAGUGGACAUUGGUAAUGGGUGUAAAAUAAUAAUAGCUAGGUUAUAUUAGGGUGUAUGAGCGGAUAUGAUUCCGCGUUUAGUAUAGUAUUAGUAUGUAAAUGCGUAUGUUAUAUAUGAAUGUUUUAAUUAAAGCUAUGAAGCUGAAAGGUGAGGUAACGAAUGUAAGCGGUGACGACACACGCGCACAGAGCCCAUUCGAAGAUGACGGUAUUAAUGUUAUAUAGUAUUUAAUGUAGGAAAUAAAUAUGCUUUAUGUUAUGCGCAUGUAAAUUAGAUAUCCAGUGACUCGUAGUUUGAGUUUGUUACGUCGUAUUUGAUACGGACAGUUUGUAAGUUUUUCAUUCGAAUUUAUUGUUUUUACGAAUUUUUGAAAUGUUCGACACUGGAACUGUCGGUUUUUAGUUGACCAAGCGAACUCGUUCUAGGGUCACAUAUUGUUUAGUAGGACGGAAGGGGCUUCUUAUUUUUUUAUUUUAUUUUUAAUGAUAGUUUAGUUUUAUCGUGUCGCCACUACAUAUCUAGACCUCUUAUAUAAAUAUAGUAAUGUUUUGGUUUAUUUCUAAUUACAAUUUUUAAACGUAGUUCAGGCUAUAUUAUUGUUUUUAAAUAUUUCAAUGUAGCUUUUAUGUUAUAUUAAGGACACGUUUUACCAUUUAAGUAUAUUUUUACAUUAUUUUUUAUGAGAUUCGUAUGCAUUCAGUUGAUUAGUUCUAUGGAAUAGCUUUUAGCCUUUUUUAAUUUACUCUACAAUGUUAAUUUUCUUUGUAAAUCAUCUGCUGAACGAAGUGUUUAUUAAUUUUUGAAAAUAUCUUUUAAAAUAUAUUACGACUUAUCAAAAAUUAGUUGCUGUAUUGCAUGAUAGCACUUUUUGAUUUGAUCGCUUGUUAUUAAAAAAAAACGGGAUACAUAGGUAUAUAAUAGUAGGCUUAAAGUAAAAUAUUACGAUAACGUAAACAAUUUUAUUUAGUUUAAAACAUUCCAAUACCGGGAAUGCCUUAGAACGUCGCUAAAUAUGAGCGUCAGGUGAUAACUAACAGAAUAUUUUCUUGGGUAACUUUCAGCUGAAGGGAAUCAGUUAAUAUCGUAUACAGAGAAUAUUCCAGACUUUGAGGAUAUAAAUAUGCCGGAAUUGGAGGGCGAGAACUCUCAAGACUGCAUCCCGAGUCCCAGCAGCUCGACCUUGAAUACACCACAAGUACAACUGCAGUCACCAUCAUAUACGAGACCUUGAAAUAUAACCAUGAGAAGUUAUAGUUAGCGGUUAUUAACUAUCAGUGCACGACUAAUGUCAAUGUCAAAGUUUGGCGGGUCGAAGAAUCGAGUUGUUUUUUUUUUAUUGACAAUCGGAUUCUCGCUCUGUAUGCCAUACUGAACAUUUCGUGGAAUUGUUAUUAUAAUGAAAAUAUAUUAUGCCGUAUUUUUUUAUAUUGAAACAAUGUGAUUUAUCUUUUGUUUUUGUUUACAUAAUUUAACAUUACUCUUUUAAGCAUUUACUAGCUGCUUUACAUUUAUUGUUAAAAAUAUUUGCAUAUGUUUUUAAAUUAUUGUGGAACAUGUUAAAAUUGAGCAUGUACUUAGAACUAUCAAUAACAUGUAACGGGCACCAAAUUUAUAACUGAAAACGAAAGAAAAUAGAUUUAAUGACUGAGAUUGAGAUACUAAAACAAUUUUCUUUGGUUUUAGGUGCCAAGUUGGCUCAAAACAGUAAAAAAAAUACCGAUAAUGUACCUAAAAAUGUAAUGUAAAAUGUAAUAUUUUGGACAAAAUUAUAUAUACAUAGAUAUAGUCUGUGCUGCUUGGUGCCUUAACAGGAUUCAUAUUUUUAUACAAGUGACUUGUGGUCAGCACUGUACCUAGGAGAUAGGUUAAGAUGAACAAAAUAUAGAGAAUGUAUAUAAAUAUUAUAAAAUGCGCUUUUGUAAAUGUGCGUGUAUUUAAUGUUAAUAAUAGUUUUUAUUGUUUAUAAUAUUUCAUGCGACAUAUUAGCAGAUAUUUUGUAAUGAUAAGUUGCUUCGUUUGUACAUCACAAUGUGAAAUGUCGUUCCGUGACAUAAAGCAUUUCUUUUGUAAAAUGUUUAUAAUAUAUUAAGUUAAAUAUUAAGCGCAGUGCGACUGCUGAUUGUUUUAUUCGUGCGUGUUGAAAUUUUUUUUAAUAUAAAUAUUGUACAAAAAUAUAAAGUUAAAAAAUAUAUUGGUGACAAAAAAAAAAUUGUUUUGUAUUUAUACGUAUGAAUUAGUUGUUAAUGUGUAAGUUUUAUUUACAUUAAGAUGUAUAAUAUAUGUUAGUAAAUAAAUUUUUGGUGGUUAAUUUAAUAACUAAA